AUGGUAGGGACUGCUACUAAGAGAAGAAAGACACAUUCUCAUGGAGAGCAUGAAGUAGACAAAACUUUCGAUGAUCUAUUGAAACCAGUGUACAAAGGUAAAAAAUUAACCGAUGAGAUCAAUACUGCUGAAGAUAAAUGGCAUCUUUUACCAGCUUUUCUAAAAGUUAAAGGUUUAGUCAAACAACAUUUAGAUUCUUUCAAUUACUUUGUCGAUAUUGAUUUGAAAAAAAUUAUCAAGGCAAAUCAAACUAUCUUAUCAGAUGUUGAUCCCGAGUUUUAUUUGAAAUAUGUCGAUAUUAGAAUCGGUAAGAAGUCGACUAGCUCUACUAAGGAUUACUUAACCCCUCCUCACGAAUGUAGAUUAAGGGAUAUGACCUAUUCCGCCCCAAUAUAUGUGGACAUCGAAUAUACUAGAGGUAGAAACAUCAUUAUGCAUAAAGAUGUCGAGAUCGGACGAAUGCCUAUUAUGUUGAGAUCUAAUAAAUGUACAUUAUACGGGUGCGAUGAAGCUGAAAUGGCUAAAUUAAACGAAUGUCCAUUAGAUCCGGGUGGUUAUUUCAUCGUUAAUGGUACAGAAAAGGUUAUUCUUGUACAAGAGCAAUUAUCUAAGAAUCGUAUUAUCGUGGAAGCUGAUGAAAAGAAAGGUAUUGUGCAGGCAUCUGUUACGUCUUCUACUCACGAAAGAAAAUCUAAGACUUAUGUUGUUACUAAAAAUGAUAAGAUUUAUUUAAAGCACAAUUCUAUUUCUGAAGAAAUUCCAAUUGUUAUAGUGUUGAAAGCCUGUGGUGUUGUCUCGGAACUUGAAAUAAUGCAAUUAGUGUGUGGUAAUGAUAGUAGCUAUCAAGAUAUUUUUGCAGUUAACAUCGAAGAAGCCUCUAAAUUCAACAUAUAUACUCAACAACAAGCUUUAGAAUAUAUCGGUGCCAAAGUUAAGACCAUGAGGAGACAAAAAUUGACCGUUUUACAAGAGGGUAUUGAAGCUAUCGCUACUACUGUCAUUGCUCAUUUGACUGUCGAGGCUUUAAACUUUAGAGAAAAGGCUCUUUAUAUGGCAAUGAUGACCCGCAGAGUUGUUAUGGCAAUGCACAAUCCAAAAAUGGUGGAUGAUAGAGAUUAUGUCGGUAACAAGCGUUUGGAAUUGGCUGGUCAAUUAAUUUCACUUUUAUUCGAAGAUUUAUUCAAAAAAUUCAAUAGUGAUUUCAAAGCAAGUAUUGACAAAGUUCUGAAAAAACCAAAUAGGGCAAUGGAAUAUGACGCACUAUUAUCCAUCAAUGUUCACUCCAAUAAUAUCACAAGUGGGUUAAAUAGAGCCAUUUCAACAGGUAAUUGGUCAUUGAAGAGAUUUAAGAUGGAAAGAGCAGGUGUUACACACGUUCUAUCCAGAUUAUCGUAUAUUUCAGCUUUAGGUAUGAUGACAAGAAUUUCAUCUCAGUUCGAAAAAUCAAGAAAGGUUUCCGGUCCAAGAGCAUUACAACCUUCACAAUUUGGUAUGCUAUGUACUGCAGAUACUCCCGAAGGUGAAGCAUGUGGUUUAGUCAAGAAUUUAGCACUAAUGACACAUAUUACUACGGACGAUGAAGAAGAGCCGAUCAAGAAACUUUGUUAUGUCCUUGGUGUAGAAGACAUCAACCUAAUUGAUAGUGCUUCGUUGCACUUAAACUAUUCAGUAUUUUUAAAUGGUACUCUAAUAGGUUCAGCAAGAUUUCCAAGAAAAUUUGUCUCACAUUUCAGAGCCCUGAGAAGAAGUUGUAAGGUUUCUGCUUUUAUUUCUAUUCAUACCAAUUCAGAGCAAAAGGCAGUUCAUAUUGCUACAGAUGGUGGUAGAAUUUGUAGACCUCUUAUUAUUGUUACCAAUGGGGAAUCUCAUGUCAAAGCACAUCAUUUAAAGAGACUUUUAGAAGGCGAAUUAGUUUUCGACGACUUCUUAAAGCUUGGAUUAGUUGAAUAUUUAGAUGUCAAUGAAGAAAAUGACUCUUUUAUUGCUCUAUAUGAAAAAGAUAUAGAUCAGGCGGUCACUCAUUUGGAAAUUGAGCCUUUCACAGUCUUGGGUGCUGUUGCUGGCUUAAUUCCAUACCCGCAUCAUAACCAAUCGCCUCGUAAUACCUACCAAUGUGCGAUGGGUAAACAAGCCAUUGGUGCAAUUGCUUACAACCAAUUCAAGAGAAUAGAUACCUUGUUAUAUCUAAUGAUUUAUCCCCAACAGCCAAUGGUGAAAACAAAAACAAUUGAAUUAAUUGAUUAUGAUAAACUACCAGCUGGUCAAAAUGCAACCGUUGCCGUUAUGUCUUAUUCUGGUUACGAUAUUGAAGAUGCUUUAGUCUUGAAUAAAGCGUCACUUGAUAGAGGUUUUGGACGUUGUGAAACUCGUAGAAAGACUACAACAGUUUUAAAAAGAUAUCCAAAUCAUACCCAAGAUAUUAUCGGUGGUAUGCGUGUCGAUGAAAAAGGCGAGCCAAUAUGGCAGCAUAAAGCAUUAGGCCCAGAUGGUUUGGGUGAAGUAGGUAUGAAACUAGACAGUGGUCAAAUAUAUAUCAAUAAAUCGGUGCCAACUAAUUCCACCGAUGCCUUUAAUGGUGCGGCACAGGCCAGCUAUAGGGAAACUCCUGUUAUUUACAGAGCGCCUGAGCCUUCGCAUAUCGAUCAAGUUAUGAUGUCUGUCUCAGAUAAUGAUCAAGCUUUGAUCAAGGUCCUUUUGAGACAGCACAGAAGACCUGAAUUAGGUGAUAAGUUCUCGUCACGUCACGGUCAAAAGGGUGUUUGUGGUAUCAUUGUAAAGCAAGAAGAUAUGCCAUUUAAUGAUCAAGGUGUUGUUCCAGAUAUUAUUAUGAAUCCUCAUGGUUUCCCAUCUCGUAUGACAGUUGGUAAAAUGAUUGAGUUAGUAUCUGGUAAAGCCGGUGUCUUGAAUGGUUCUCUAGAAUAUGGUACCUGUUUUGGUGGUUCUAAAUUAGAGGAUAUGUCAAAAAUUCUGGUUGAAAAAGGUUUCAACUAUUCUGGUAAGGAUAUGUUAUACUCUGGUAUUACAGGUGAGUGUCUACAAGCUUACAUCUUCUUUGGCCCAAUUUAUUAUCAAAAACUGAAGCAUAUGGUCUUAGAUAAGAUGCAUGCCAGAGCUAGGGGUCCAAGGGCUGUUUUAACUCGUCAACCAACGGAAGGUAGAUCGAGAGAUGGUGGUUUAAGAUUGGGUGAAAUGGAAAGAGAUUGUGUUAUCGCUUAUGGUGCUUCUCAAUUACUUCUAGAAAGACUAAUGAUCAGUUCUGAUGCUUUUGAAGUGGAUGUCUGUGCGAAAUGUGGUUUAAUGGGUUAUAGUGGCUGGUGUACCACAUGUAAGAGUGCCGAAAAUGUCAUCAAGAUGACAAUCCCUUAUGCUGCUAAAUUGCUAUUCCAAGAGUUAUUGUCUAUGAACAUUGCACCAAGACUAAGAUUGGAAGAUAUUUUUCAAGAAUGA